AAACGUGGUUUCUUCUGCUGCACUUCGCAACAGAGAGAGUGGGCGAUGGACGACGGAGCUCUCCUUCUUCCCCACGGAAGCUCCGACAUCGUCGAUGGGGUCUUCGACUACGCCGGCCGCCCCGCCUCCCGCUCGGCCACCGGCCGCUGGAUCUCCGCCGCCUUCAUCAUAUGGGUGGAGAUCGGCGAGCGGUUCAGCUACUACGGCGUGUCCAGCAACCUGAUCUCCUACCUCACUGGCCCGCUGCGCGAGUCGACGGCGACGGCGGCCGCGGCCGUCAAUGUGUGGAGCGGCGUGGCGUCUAUGCUGCCUCUCCUAGGCGCUUUCAUCGCCGAUUCCUAUUUCGGGCGCUACCGGACCAUCGUCGGCGCCUCCCUCCUCUAUAUGCUGCUAAGUUCCUGUCCUUGUACCAUCCGCCAAUGGAGGGAAGAACCGCAGGGAUUGAGCUUGAUGACGCUUUCUUCCCUGCAUUCAUCGCCGUGCGGCGAGGCUGCCACCACGGACCCCGCCGACUGCGCGCCGGCUCCCAGCCAGGUGGUCUCCUUCUACGCCUCCCUCUACCUCAUGGCGCUCGCCCAGGGUUGCCACAAGCCCUCCGUCCAGGCCUUCGGUGCCGACCAGUUCGACGACGACCACCCUGCCGAGCGCGCCGCCAAGAGCUCCUUCUUCAACUGGUGGUACUUCGGCCUCAUCGCCGGCGUCCUCGUCGCCAACCUCCUCCUCACCUACAUCCAGGACUACGUCAGCUGGGCCCUCGGCUUCGGCAUCCCCUGUCUCGCCAUGGCCGCCGCCCUCCUCGUCUUCCUCCUCGGCACCAAGACCUAUCGCUUAUACCCGCUGUACACCAACUCCUCGACGAAAUGCCCCGGUGAUGGCCGGCGGGGAGACUUGAAGCGGUUGCUCCCGCUGUUACCGAUAUGGGCGGCCUCUCUCCCUUACGCCGUCGUCUUCUCCCAAUCGCCGACGCUCUUCACCAAGCAAGGCGCCACCUUGGACCGGCGCCUCGGCCCCAACUUCGAACUCCCGGCGGCGUCGCUCCAAGUCUGCUCCAGCGUCGCCAUCAUCACCUUCGUCGUGGUCUACGACCGCCUCCUCGUCCCACUCGCCCGGCGCCUCACCAAGCGCCCCUCCGGCAUCACCAUGCUCCAGAGGAUCGGCACUGGGAUGUUCAUCUCCCUCUUAUCUAUCGUUGUGUCCGCUUUAGUCGAGAUAAAGCGGCUCGAAGUCGCCCGGGAGUCCGACGAUGGCGUAGCUCCAAUGAGCAUGUGGUGGUUGGUUCCGCAGUAUGCGCUGUUCGGGGUCGCCGACGUGUUCACCAUGAUUGGGCUGCAGGAGUUCUUCUACGACCAGGUGCCAGAGGCGUACCGAAGCCUGGGGCUGGGCCUCUACCUGAGCAUCUUCGGCGUCGGCAGCUUGCUCAGCGGGGGACUGGUGUCAGCUAUCGACAAGAUCAGCAAGAUGGGUGGCGGAGACAGCUGGUUCGCCGACGACAUCAACCGCGGCCACUUCGACUACUUCUAUUGGCUGCUCGCCGGACUCAGCGGAGUAGGGUUGGUCCUCUUCUUGAACUUCGCUAAGGCAUAUGUGUAUAAGAAAUAGGAGGUGGUUGAUAAUGAAAUAAAUAAUGACACCAUAAUCUCGUAAAGAUAAAAAUACAACCAAAGGAUUAAAGAUUAUUCUAAUCA